AUGAACGAAGAACUGCUUAUUUCUUUAGUGCAAAAGUAUAGAGAACUGUAUGAUCUAGGAGACCCUAGAUAUCACGAUGAGCAGCGGCGCAUGAAUAUAUGGCAAGAAAUAGCACAGAUUUUGAAUGAAACACCGGCAAAUUGUAAAGAGAGAUGGAAGAGAAUUCGCGAUAAUUAUCGACGCGCCAAAAAACUACGUGUAACGAAGAGUGGCCAGGCAGCCACUAACAUAAAACCAAUUCGAUUUGAUAAAGAACUGAGCUUUCUCUCUCCAUUUAUAUGUAAUGAACACAACAAAAUUUAA